CAAGACCUCUGCGGCAUGCAAUUCUUCUCCUCCUCCUGGAUUCUUCCACCAAUGGCCACCAUGCACCCAUCCGUGCUCUUUGCUGCCCUUCUCCUCCUCCUGUCACUGCAGCAUCUACACAUUCUCCCGCCGUGUCACGCCGCCACGGCAGACACCCUCUUGCCUAGCCAAGGCCUCACCGGCGGCGACACGCUCCUGUCCAGCAACGGCAGGUUCGCGCUCGGCUUCUUCCAAGCCGGGAGCCAGAGCAACUUCUCUGCUGACGGUGACAGCACUCCCAAAUGGUACCUCGGGAUUUGGUUCCACACGGUGCCCAAGCUCACUCCCGUGUGGGUCGCCAAUGCCGACAACCCCGUCGUCGCCGCCAACCUCACGUCCUGCAAGCUCGUGAUUUCCCAUGACGGCAACCUUCUUGUCAUCCUAGACGACGACCACCACCACCUCCAGCCGGCCAAUGGAUCAUCAUCGUCCACGGUUUGGUCCAGCAAAACCAACGCCACCACAACCAACGGCACCACCACCACCACCACCACCACCACCAUGGCGGCUGCUGCUGCUUCUCUCCUCGACAACGGAAACCUCGUCCUGCACAGCGCCUCCAACGCGUCCAACAUCUUCUGGCAGAGCUUCGAUCACCCGACGGAUACUCUCCUCCAAGGCGGCAAGAUAGGCUGGAUCCACGGCACCGCCGGUUUGGUCCGGCGCCUCGUCUCCAGGAAGAACUCCGUCGACCAGAGCCCCGGCGUCUACUCCUACGAGUUGUCGUCGUCGUCGUCGUCGCCGUCGUCCGGCUCCGCCGGCAGUGAUACUUCCAUCGUUUCCGUGUACAACUCGUCCACACAGUAUUGGUCCAGCGGGACCUGGGGCGGCCGCUACUUCAGCAACAUCCCGGAGACGGUAAGCCAGAGCUGGCUCACCCUCAGCUUCACCACCAACGAACAGGAGACGUACGUCGAGUACGCCGUCGAGGAUCCGACGGUGCUGUCAUUCUUUGUCAUGGACGUCUCCGGCCAGAUGAAGGUGCUCCUAUGGUUCGAGGGGUCGUCCACGGACUGGCAAACCGUCUACACGGCGCCGAAAUCCCAGUGCGACGUCUACGCCACCUGCGGCGCGUUCACGGUCUGCAACGACGUCCCGUUCCCGUCCUGCGCCUGCAUGAAGGGCUACUCCAUACGAUCACCUCAAGACUGGGAGCUCGGUGAUCGAACCGGUGGAUGCGCGAGAAAUACUCCACUGCACUGCAACACCACCACCGGCGGCGGCGCCGCCGGCGAGCCAGAUAAGUUCUACGCUAUGGCGUCUGUCCAGCUUCCUGCUGACGCGCAGAACGUUGGGACGGCUAAAAGUGAAGACGAAUGCUCAGUUGCCUGCCUGGGAAGCUGCUCCUGCACUGCGUAUUCCUACGACGACGACGACCAGCAAGGUGCAGGUGGUGGUUGCUCCAUCUGGCACGGCAAGCUGCUCAACGUACGGCAGCAAGGUAACAGUGUUCUUCGCCUUCGCCUCGCUGCAAAAGAAGUGGAAACUAGCAGCCAUACCCAUACCAGCAGGAGGGGAGUGAUCAUUGGUGCCGCUGUCGGUGCAACCACUGCUGCCACUCUUGUUGGUUUCGUCUUUCUAGUGAUGAUUUGGGUGAUGAGAAAAAGGAAGCGAUAUGGCGAUGAUGAUGUUCAGGGUGGCAUCGGGAUCGUCGCAUUUCGAUAUGCUGAUUUGCAGUAUGCAACCAAGAAUUUUUCAGAGAAGUUGGGGGCUGGCAGUUUCGGUUCAGUGUUUAAAGGUUCGCUAAGUGAUUCGACGACCAUAGCUGUGAAGAGGCUCGAUGGAGUCCGGCAAGGAGAGAAGCAGUUCAGGGCUGAGGUGAGCUCAACGGGGGUAGUCCAGCAUGUCAACUUGGUUAAACUGAUUGGGUUUUGUUGUGACGGUGACAGGAGAUUACUUGUGUACGAGUACAUGCCCAAUGGCUCCCUGGAUUCCCAUCUCUUCCAAAGCAAUGGCAAUGGCAAUGGCACCGUGCUGGAUUGGACUGUCAGGUACCAAAUAGCCCUUGGAGUUGCUAGAGGACUAGCCUAUCUGCAUGCUAGUUGCAGGGACUGUAUCAUACACUGCGAUAUCAAACCAGAGAACAUACUUCUAGAUGGGUCUUUCACUCCUAAAGUUGCAGACUUUGGAAUGGCCAAGUUUUUGGGAAGGGAUUUCAGCCAGGUUGUGACUACAAUGAGAGGAACCAUAGGAUACCUUGCUCUUGAAUGGAUCAGUGGGACUGCCAUCACAUCAAAAGUCGACGUUUACAGCUAUGGGAUGGUUUUGUUAGAGAUCAUAUCAGGUAGCAGGAACGCGAGCAAACAACAAUCGUCCCAAGAUGGUGUGCAUGAAGCGUAUUUUCCGGUGCGAGUUGCGUGCGGUCUUGUGGAUGGAGACAUUGCUAGUCUGGUGGAUGCAAACCUGCUGGGUGAAGCCAACAUGGAGGAGGUUGAGAGAGUUUGUAAAGUCGCGUGUUGGUGUAUUCAAGAUGUUGAGUUUGAUCGACCUACAAUGAGUGAGGUGGUGCAGUUUCUCGAGUGUCUGUCUGAAGUUGAGACACCUCCAGUGCCAAGAUUCCUUCAAUCUAUUGCAGGGCAGACAAAUUUAAAUAUUGUGUAACUACUAGUUUGGAUUCAUGUUAUCCCUUUUCUAUGGUAGUUGUGCUUGUUACUUUUCCUUUGUGCUACUCUUGCAAUCUGUGUGUUUUAAUUUCCUUGCCAAAUAAAUCAUGAAGUUGGCCUUUUAUC